GUGAUCUUGUACUGUUUCCCUCAUGUUUGAGUGCCACCUUUUAUCUCAUGAACAUUAUCUACUCUUAUCCUUAUGCAUCUUUUGCCAACUUCGGUCAAAAACAAAAACAAGGGUUGCGUCGUUGCGCAUGCAUUUCUUUGCAUAACUACACCACCACCAGUAUUAAGUAGAUCAUCUCGGCCCGCUCUGGUUGCUCCGACCAGCUUUACAACGCUCGCAACCUCAUUAUUUCGAAUCCGCCUUACUUGUGUACGUGUAGUGUUUUUAGCCCUAGCUGCAUCUAUGCUAGUGAGUGGGAUUCCACUGCUUUUGUCUUCAUUUUUACUUUUUGACCAUCCUUAUAUAUUACUUAUCUAUACUUUUCUUGGAAGAAAAAUAACUGCAAAAAAAAUGAAAAUGAGUGUCCUUGCUUGGCCCCAAACUGAAGCAAUUCCUGUCCGCCCCCGCUGGCGGGGACGGGUUGCUGGGCUUUUUCUCGCAAUUCUGCAGUGGAAUUACACGAUAGUUUCACUGUUCGGCAAAGCCGUGCUGGGAAGAACACCUGCAACGACACCCAGUACCGAGCAAGCCAAGUGGGAAAUGCAAGUCGAGCGCACAUUGGACCUGCUGAUCGACCCGCACGUCGACCACAUGCAGAUGUCGCUCGCGGCCCGGGGGCUGCAGAGCGGCCGGAAUUUUGGGUGGAGUGACGAAACCGUGUUGGGCUCCCUGUCCCUGGAGGAUCAUCGCGGCGCGCAGAGCUUAUUUCUGGAGAUUUUGGAGGAACUGAGGAAGGCCAACCUGAGCGGCCACAGCGCGUUCACGACCCGGUACCCGCCCGCACAGGGGGCGCUGUUCAAGUCCAUGGGUUACAUCCUGGAAAAAGCUUGGAAGGUCCUCGCGGGGGCGGGCCAAGACGACACAAAUCCUGUUCUCCCCCCGAUGCACGUGCGGGUCUGCGGACAGGAGGAUGAACUGCAUAGUACUACGCAGAAGAUCGUGAGAAAGUCGUCUGCAGCUACAGCAGCAGCUGACGACAAGAGAGCAACACCAGUCGACGUCGAUCGUGCGCCACAAGUAGAGCACGACGCUGCGCGCUCCGCGUCAAAAGUGGACGGGAUGACGGAACGCUUGGGGCAGUUCAGCCUUGAUGCUGAGGAACAAAGCAGAGCAACGAAGGGCCGCCGCGGCCCGUCAAGUAGAAUAACAACGUCUCCACAAGCAGCAGGAGCUCGAUGUGCGCUUGUGAACGUACUGGGCGAUACGCAUGGGCACUUUUUGGACACGUUGCGCAUUAUCCGAGACAUGGACUUGCUGAAUCAAACGUCCACCCACAUAGUGUUUCUGGGUGAUUACGUUGACCGCGGGCCUAAGAGUAUUGCGGUGCUUACUUUUUUUUUGUUGUUGGCCCAAGAACAUGCUGUCAUGCUACGAAAUACAAGAAGUCAAUGCAUAGGAAGAUUCGCCGUGUGGCGUCUUUCCAUGAUGACAGCAGUGCUGGGGGCUCACUUGGUGGUAUACUAUGCAUGACUUGCCUCUUCGUUGCAUUGAUUUACAUUUUGAUUUUCCGUAAAAUCACAACCGACCUGAGUACCGAACAGGCGAUUUAUUUUUACCCGCAAAUUUUAAAAACCUGCCACCGCACAAAUACAGGUGAGUCCCUCGCGAUGGUGCUGUUUGUCUUUUACUUGAAAGCGCGGCUUCCCGACCGCGUGACGCUUCUUCGCGGCAACCACGAGCUCCCGGGGUUGAAUGGCGCAGACCAGGUGCGGAACGACAACACGUCGAAUUUGAAAGAAGACGUCUUUGCGGUGUUGCGGCCGAGCAGCGUUGCAAGUGUACUCGUAGGGAACAAUUACAAUUCAUCUUCCUCUUCCCGAACAGCAGCUUCUGCGGCGCGGAGAAGAUCUCCGUACGGACCGGAUUCUUGGUUUUAUCAAGCAGUUGGGUCGCACCAGCACCUCCGCACCAGCACCACCCGAGGAGGGCUUUUUCAUGAGAGCGGCGAUAACUACGUUCCCUUCUCCGCCCUCGGCGCGAUGACCACUACACCUUUCGGAGGACACGACCACGAUGGUGGUCCGCUGAGCGGCGAUCUGCAGCGCGUCGAGCUGGCCAUAUCCCAGAGAAAAAAGCUGGCAGGGCAUAUUUGUAAUUACUACAAGGGUGAACGCGCUCCACUCAGUAUGGGUGUAAUGCAAAAAGAAAUACACGCAAAAAUUUGUCAUGGGUGGCCCCAUAGCAUGCUGUUUCGGAUUUACAAUACAGAUUUUUUUGUCUAUUUAUUUUUGCAUUGCAAAUAUGCCACGCCAGCUUUUUUCUGUGGGAUAGGCCACCGUCUUUGUCGAGGAGUUUGUGUAUCGAGAACAGAUAUCAAAUGUAAAAAUGUCUGGGUCUGGAAGGUUGCAACUUGUGAUGCUGUCUUUGGAAGGUAAAAAAAUCUGUAUUGCAUGACCAGGAAGAGGAGUUCAGUUUGUGCUACGCGGAGUGCGCGUUUCUCAUGCGGAAUACGCAUCAGAAGGCCCUUUAAAAAUCUGUGAUGCUCGGCCAGGCGUUACAGGCGUCAUGGGUUGUGCAAAAUAUGCAUGACAAACCUGGCAACCUUCCAGACCCAGACAUUUUUACACUUGAUAACAGAUCAACGGCUUGUUCGGCUAUCUCCCCUACGUCGCCACGGUUUUCGACGAGGUACUUCUCGUGCACGCCGGGAUUUCCGAUUUCAUGCCAGAAGUGAAGAACUUAGCGGGUGGGACGCAGGAGCGGGGGCGCGACAGGAUCAUUAUAUCCGAGGACGACGAGGACCGGGGUCGUGUUGUAGUUGACGGGGAAAAUAAAACCUCUUCCGAAGUUCUUGUGGACAAAGACGAUGCCGCUGUUGAUGAUGUGAUGCUGACUUAUUCUACUGCCUCGUCGGACGACGUUCCAUCUGAGCCGUCCGAGUCUUGUCCUGCGGACGAGAAGGAUGAAUGCGGAAGGAGUUCUGCGGAGCAGGGAAAAGUAUCAGCAGGAGGACCAACAUUAUCUUCUUCAAAGGCGGACACUUGCGCUGUGACCUCGAUGGAGAUGGAUGUGGAACACGGGCGUGACGCGGAGAUGACAGCAAAAGAAGACGUGCAGAAAGAAGAAAUUUGCUUGAGUAGCCAGGGACGGCAAUUGACCCCGUUAACUCCCUCGAUGUUCUCUAGCGCGGCAAGCGCCGCUGAUGUCUCCAGUGCAGCAAGCGCUGUUUUUUCGAGUGCAGCCGCAAGUCCUCGUCGGGUUGAUGUGUCCGAAGAUGAGAUCUCGACGACUUCAUCCGUAGAAAUUCUUGCAAAUAAAACGCAGCCCCCGACGGUAUCAGCGAUGAUCCCUUGUGGGGGUCCUUGUGCAGGAGCUUCUUCACGACUCGAUACAACUGUCACACCACCACAGGGUCUCCAAGCGUCGUUCCUUUCCACGCAAGUGAAGAAGCCUGGUGCACCAGCUGGAGAUGAAGGCGAGUCCCCAGCAAGCGGCGGACUAUUCUUGCGCCGAUUGGAACUACAUCACGACGCAACAUCAAAGCCUACACCACAUAACCCAAGCGCUAAGACCACAGACCAUAAUCCUGCGGCGCGAGCGCUGGAGGUGAUAUCCAGGCCGUGGUUCAAACAGUUCAUCGACCGGACACUAUUCACCGUUCUUGGACAACAGGACGAAGCUUACUGUUCCACCUACAACGCACAGAUGUGGGACCACUGCGUCAAGAGCCGGUGGGACACCAUGUUCACCCGCUUUGUGGAGCACUUCGCGAAGGGCUACGUGCAGGCCGAAGAGGAACAGGAUGUUGAAAAACGUGCAGAUCGCCUUGCCUCGUCAUCUUUUCCUCGGCAGGAUGAGCGACCCGAUGACGGAGAGACCUACGACCGACUGCUCAUUCGCGUUUUCCACCGCUUGCUGGAAUCCUCGCUGGGCACGGAGUUCGCCCGCACGCGCAAGUUUUUGACCUGCUGCGUGCGCGAAACGUUCCUGUUUGCCGAUCCGUGGGAAAAUUCCCUCCAUCGGGGCAAGUUGCUGCCGAGCAAGCCAAAUCACGUCAAGUACGAAAAACAAGGAAAUAAGGCGAUGGAGCAAAAAUCUCUAUUGAGCAAGAGUGGAUCAUCUGUUUCUGGAUCGUCACCAUCUGUGACUCUAUCGACGUCACCGGAACAUCAACCACCAUCACAGGGCCCGACACCUUCCCCUUCUCGAACCCCAAGGGCGUCCCCCGCAGGACCGCCACAACCGGCCCGGCCAAAGCGGGAAUUCAUAGACAAGUCAGUGUACAUGAGCGAGAUCCUCGGGCGAGCCGAGUCGAGCCGCCUGCGCAUGAUCAAUGGCGGCUGGACGAGGGAAGUUACGGAAAAAUUUUUGGAAAAGAAUCAGCUCAAACUGAUCAUUCGCGGACACCAGCCUAGCGGUGAGGACAGCAUCCAUUUCCGGGUGGGACACGACGGGAAACUGAUCCACUUGCUUUCCGCACCGGACUACUACAAAACCUGGGCACGGCACUUGGAACCUAGUCUGGCCACGUACAUCACACUGCGGAGGAAAAAGUUCUCGAAUGAAAGGAAUUAUUCUGGGUGUAAUUUGGACAGUGGUGUAAUAAAACCUCCAAAGCCACAAAAAAUAGAUUCGGCGCAUCAACCUCCGGACUCUAGUGCUCCUGGUGCUGCAGGGCGAGAAGCAGCAGAAGUAGGGUACAUCAUCAUGAGCAUGGAAAAAGACGCAAACGAAGGGCUUCACCUUGUUGAUGUCGAUGAGAAAUCGCGAUUUUCAAUUAAUGGAGAAAAGAAACAACAACGAGAUGUUGGCAAGGUACAACAUGACGCAGGAGCGCGUACAACUGCAGUGCACGGACUGCAUGGAGCUGCAGAUUCAAUGGAGGUCGGUCAUAGCGCGUUAUAUUCGAAUUUCACGACGCCGGGUCAGGUGCCGGAAGGCAGUGCGGAGGAGGCCGGUCGUGAAGCAGCACGAGACCUGAUUGCAGGGACUAAAAAACGGUCCUCCGUGGUCUCAUUAGACGACGAGGGCGACGUGGUAAUGGGCCUUGAAGCAGAACGAGGCGGAUCCGACAGAGAGAAAGGAAAAGAACCUUCCCGGCAAGAACUGGUCGACGCGCGGGUCUAUUCGGAGGAAGAUUGCCCGUCCGUGGAGAGCUGCGUAGAGGAGUUUCCGAAAUUGUCUAAGCACGACCCAGAGUACCUGACCGCCGUGGCGAAUAGGGCUGCCCAAGCUAGUUGUCGAAAGAAAAGAGCGGCCGCACCUGCGAAAAGGGCUGAUGGUAGCUGCGACGACAUCGAAAAUGACAGACACCGGGUGUAUUUCGAAAGCGAAAGCUUGAUGGCGGACGUUUUCCCUAACGUUUCGAAAAGACGUAGAAUCUUGGAAAAGUUGGAGGCCUACAUGCACCAGCUGCGAAAAAUGAACGGUAGGCUCAAUGGCGAGAGUGAUGAAGAUGACGUUGUCAAUGCAAUAGGAGGGGAUCAUGUUGAUCGUCGUCCAAAGCCUACCGCAGGUUCAGGUUGUCCACAAAGCUUGGAACUAAAUCCGGAGCCAGUCAAUAAGAUCGCCGGAAGAAGUAGCAAGUCGCAGCUUUCUGUUGAUCUUUAUGUGUACCAGUCGGUCCGCGGAGGUUCCUCUUCCAAGCCGGCAGAAGCGCGGCCGACAUGGAGCCGGCAACAUUUCGAGAAAGAGAUAGGGUUUGACUACGAAUUCUGCGAAGAAUCGCCAUGGGCCCCUCCCUGUUUACAGGACUUUUAGCUCGAUUUCAUCUUCCCGUGUUAUUGGUUCGGAACAGACCGCAACUGGUGCAACUUCUGCAAUUUUUUUGUUGUCCGCCGUGAUUUUCCCUCUAAAUUCGAUAUAGUUUUCCGUGUGGAAGAACCCUGUAGUGCAAUGCAAAUGAGCAGCUACGGCAGUAGCCUUAUCAUUGAUUUCAGAAAGUCAUUGUCGAUGUCACACAGAAGUCUUUUCUAUGUGCAUUAAAACUAAAUAGAUGUCGUGAUGAAUGAAUGUGAAUGUGCAAAUAGUUUAUCCAGUCUGAUCAUGAAAGGACGCUUUAU